UACCUCUCCAUCUUCUUCUUCCAUCAAUCUUCUCUUCAUUUCUUUCAAUUAUCAUCCAACAAUGGGAGAUUCGGGUACCAAUUGGUCUACUGAUGAGCAAAUUCAAUUGUGUGAUUCAUGGGCACAUAAGAUUGUGUGUCUAAUCACCGGAAAACAUAUAACCUCCUCCAAGUUAUGGGAAUAGGUUCAUGCUGAUUAUGUGCAAAAUUGGCAAGGUCCGCCUACAAGCCGAACUCCUCAAGCUCUCCAAUCUUAGUUUCAAACGUUGAAAAAAAUUCUCAAAGAUUGGCACAAUGCACAAAUGACCUCCCGUAAUCGUAUAGAUAGCGGCACCAAUAAGAUGGACGAGAUGAAUCAAACUCAAGGGAUCUUCAUGAAAAAAUAUCCCAAGAAAUUUGAUAAAUUUGAAUGUUGGGAGAAAGUUAAGUACCACCCGUAUUUUGUUGAUCCACCAUCUAAUCCUCAACCACCGGCAUCAUAUUCGACAAAUACUGCUUCUGAAAAUGAGUCUCCAAUUGAGUUGGAUGAUGAUAUCGUUUCGGAGACACCAUCAAGCUCCAUGCCAAGACCAAUGGGACAAAAGAGAGCCAAAGAAGCAGAAGAAAGGAAAGAAGGCGCAAGAUGCAACUGAAAGUAUGGCUCUUGCUAUUCAAGCCAUGGCCAAAUCAACUUAAGCUUCUGUUGAGCUAGUGAAGAAAAGAAACGAAGAAAUGGCUGUUCAGACAAACAAGGUAUUUGAAUUUGAAGAGACGAAAGAAGAUGCAAGAAUUAUGGCCAUGAAUACUAAUUCCAUGACACCACAAUCAAAGGCUUGGUGGAAAAAGAAGAAGGGUGAUAUCGUAGCAAAAACAAUGUCCGAUGGUGGUAGUAGCGGUUGCUACAUACCUCAAUUCGACUAAAUUUAAAUGUUG